AUGGACGGAAGAAGAACCCUAAACCGCGCCAUGGAAGAGGACUCCACCAAGUUCAGCCACCACCACCACCACCUCCUGCUGCUCCGCCACCACGGCUUUCCCUUCCACGGCGGCGCCGGCUACCAGGCCUACCCCGCUCUCCUUCCCCUCCUCCCUCCGGUGGCGGCGCCGCCGCUAUGGCCUCCCCGAGCCCCCCCCGUGCUCCCAAUCCCUAGAGGUAUCCUCUCUCUCUCUCUCCCUAUCUAUCUAUCUAUCCAUCUAUCUAUCUAUCUAUCUCUUUCAUGAUUUUUAAUCGUAUCCUUCUGGGCAGCCAUGGAGGCGGCGCCACGGCAGAAGAUCAGCUACCCCGUUGCCAAAAAAGCCGCAGCGGCGCCGGCGCCCGGCAAGGACUGUUCGCAUAAGAAACCGGCGGCGGCGGCGGCGGCUGCAAGAAGACCGGACGGGGGGGGACAAGACGGACGGCAGAUCCACCUCCUUGCCAAUCACUUCCGAGUUGACUUUGAUCCUUCCUUGCGAGUCUUCCACUACGACGUGGAGAUCUCCCCUCGCCCCUCCAAAGAUCUCGCAAGACUGAUCAAGAGGAAGCUGGUCCACGACAACCCCGCCGUCUUCUCAGGUCCGCCGCCCGCCUUCGACGGCCGCCGAAACCUCUACAGCCCCGUGGAGCUCCUCCCCGACCGACAAGACUUCCUCGUUACCCUCCCGCCGUCUACUGACGGCGGUGCUGCGGCCUCUGAGGGAGCUCUAAAGCCUUUCAGGGUCUCCAUAAAGCUGGUCUCAAAGCUAUCGGCGGAGGGCUUAACCAGGUACCUGACGAAGGAAGAAGACGAUAACGGAGGGGGCCAACUUCCUCCCCAGGAGCUCCUCCAUGCCCUCGACGUGGUCCUCCGGGAGAGCGCCACGGAAAGCUGCACUCCCGUAGGGAGGUCCCUCUUCUCCACUGCCAUGGGCGGCGGCGAGGACAUCGGCGGCGCCGCCGUCGCCCUUCGGGGGUUCUUCCAGAGCCUCCGUCCGACCCAGCAAGGACUCGCCCUGAACGUUGACUUCUCCGUCAUGGCCUUUCACGAACCCCUCGGGGUCAUCCCCUACCUCCAGAAGCGCUUCGACUUCCUCCGGGACCUCCCGCAGAGGAAGACCAGGGAGCUCGCCGGAGAAGAGCGGAGGGCGGUGGAGAAGGCGUUGAAGAACCUGCGAAUCUCCGUCUGCCACCGUCGCUCCGACCAGCGCUUCCGAAUCCUCGGCCUGACGGAGGUUUCCACGGAGAAGCUCCGUUUCAGGGACAGAGAUGGGAAGGAACUGACCAUCGUCGACUACUACAGGAACCAGUACGACUUCGAGCUCCAGUUCCUGAAUCUUCCAUGUCUGCAGAUCAGCAGGAGCAAACCCUGCUACCUGCCCAUGGAACUCUGCGCCGUCAUGGAGGGACAGAAGGUCCUCGGGAAGCUCUCCGAGGAGCAGACGGCAAGGGUCCGCAAGAUGGGCUGCCAGCGGCCCGGCAAGCGUCGGGAGAUCAUCGACGCCGUCAUGGGCGGCGCCGCCGGCCCGACAAGGUGAUGGAAGAGAAAGCUCGGUUUUUUUUCCUGUGAAAAUGCUCGAGAUUGCUGCUGACUGAGUUCCUUCCUGAGAGCAGCGGGCCGUACGCCGGCGGAUUCAACCUGCGGGUGUCGAGGGAUAUGACGCGGCUGAGCGGACGGGUUCUUCCGCCGCCGAAGCUGAAGCUCGGCGACGGCGGCCAUGUCCGGGAGUUGACCCCGAGCCGCCACGACCGGCAGUGGAACCUCCUCGACAGCCACGUGGCCGAGGGAUCCCGGAUACGGCGGUGGGCCCUCGUCAGCUUCGGCGGCGGCCACGAGCAGCGGUCCUCCAUCCCCCGCUUCGUUUCCCAGCUCGUCCACCGCUGCAACCAGCUGGGGAUCUCCCUCAGCAGAACCACGGCAGUGGCACCGAUGUUCGAGCCACUCCACACGCUUGGCAAUGCCGCCCUGCUCGAGUCCAAGCUCCGCCAGGUCCACGCCGCCGCCGCUGGCGACCUCCAGCUGUUGGUCUGCGUCAUGGAGAGGAAGCACCGCGGCUAUGGCGACCUAAAGCGGAUCGCCGAGACCGCCGUCGGCGUGGUCACUCAGUGCUGCCUCUACUGCAACGUCGCGGUGCCAGCAUCGCAGUUCCUCGCCAACCUCGCCCUGAAGAUCAACGCCAAGCUCGGCGGCUGCAACAUGGAGCUCUCCAGCCCUCUCCACCGGCAACUCCCCCGCGUCUUCUCCGGCGAGGAGCCGGCGAUCUUCAUGGGCGCCGACGUGACCCACCCGCACCCGCUCGACGACACGAGCCCCUCCGUCGCCGCCGUGGUGGGCUCCCUCGACUGGCCGGCGGCGAACAGGUACGCCGCCAGGAUGCGGUCGCAGGCCCACCGGGAGGAGAUCAUCCAGGAGCUCGAGGACAUGGCGGGGGAGAUACUGGAGGAGUUCUUCCUCCGCGGCUCGCAGAAGCUCCUCCCCGGGAGGAUCGUCUUCUUCCGCGACGGCGUUAGCGAGACCCAGUUCUCCCGGGUGCUCAAGGACGAGCUCUCCGCCAUUAGAGCCGCCUGCAAGAGGUUCCCCGGCUACCAGCCCCGCAUCACCUUCGCCGUCGUCCAGAAGCGCCACCACACCAGGCUCUUCGGCGGCGCCGCCGCCGCUGCCGACGAGAACAUCCCCCCGGGGACGGUCGUUGACUCCGUGAUCACCCACCCCCGGGAGUUUGACUUCUAUCUUUGCAGCCACUGGGGGACGAGGGGGACCACCCGACCCACGCGGUACCACGUCCUGUGGGACGAGAACGGGUUCUCGUCGGACGAGCUUCAGCGGCUGAUCCACAGCCUCUGCUACACCUUCGCGCGGUGCACCAAGCCGGUGUCGCUGGUGCCGCCGGCGUACUACGCCCACCUCGCUGCCUACAGAGGGAGGAUGUAUCUGGACAGGAGCGACAUCGGCGGCGGCGGGAUGGCGGCGGUUUGCCGGUCCUCCGCUCCUCUGCGAGCGCCGCCGCUGCCAAAGCCGAGGGACAGCGUGAAGAAGCUCAUGUUCUAUUGCUGA